CCACGGCCUCCUCCUCAUGAGCUCGCCUUUCCAGAGCCCAACUUGCAAGCUUAUGAGGUGGAGGCAAUAUUCGAAGUGUGACAUCAGCCUCGAACGGGGGCCAGAGGAAACAAAGCUGAGUGAGUCUGUUUUCAUUUAGCUUAGGGUUGGUCGGUCUCUCAGCGCGGAGGAGGAGGUGGAGGAAGCCGUGACUGGAUUGCUGUAUCCAGUUCAUAGCUGCCUUUGCCAUCAAAGGCAGCAGAGUCCUUCACUUCUCCAGCUAUACAGAGGGACUGCAAAGGGCUUGUUCUCCCAAGAUCCUGUACCCCAUAUCCUCCCUGUCCCCCUCCCCACCCCAGGCUUUUCUCCAAGCAGAGAAAAGCAGCUAAAAGAAAAGGAGACCAAAAGUAACAGGAAGAAAUAUGAACCAGAAGCACAGAUAACCUGAAGAGCAACGUUCAGGACUAAAUCAUUCUUCACCUGUGCUCAGGGGUUCAUUAUCUGGUGCUUCAACUAAGGCAAUAUGAGGAAACAUCGGCAUUUGCCCUUAGUGGCAACAUUUUGUCUUUUACUCGCAAGCCCUUACAUAAUUAAUGCCCAACACCAAGAAGAUGUCAAAAUCGGCGUGGCUGCUGAUAUAAUAUUUCUAGUGGAUUCCUCUUGGAGCAUUGGAAAGGAACAUUUCCAACUUGUUCGAGAGUUUCUAUAUGAUGUUAUAAAAUCUUUAGAUGUGGGAGACAAUGAUUACCGUUUUGCUCUGGUCCAGUUCAGUGGAAACCCACAUACUGAAUUCCUGUUAAAUACCUAUCAUGCUAAUCAAGAUGUCCUGGCCCAUGUUGCAACUAUGCCUUACCUGGGGGGAGGCAGCAAGACUGGAAAAGGAUUAGACUACCUAAUCCACCACCAUCUAACUAAAGCUUCUGGAAGCAGAGCGAGCGAUGGCAUCCCUCAGGUUAUCAUAGUGUUAACGGACGGACAAUCCCAGGAUGACAUUGUUCUCCCCACGGCUGAGCUUAAGUCUGCUGAUGUAACUGUGUUUGCCAUUGGAGUGCAGGAUGCAGAGGAAGGAGAAUUAAAGGAAAUAGCCAGUGAACCACUGGAUAUGCAUGUGUUCAACAUAGAAACUUUUACUGCACUCCAUGACUUAGUAGGAGACUUAGUGUCCUGUGUCCAAACAUCUAUGACUCCAGAAAUGGCUGGGGCCAAAGAAAUACUCAAAGACAUCACAGCUCAAGAAUCUGCUGACCUUAUUUUCCUUAUUGAUGGAUCAAACAACAUCGGAAGUGUCCAUUUCUCAGCCAUACGUGAUUUCCUUGUAAAUUUCCUUGAGAGACUUGCAAUUGGACCUCAGCAGAUUCAAGUUGGGGUGGUGCAGUAUAGUGAUGAACCCAGCACGGUGUUUUCUUUGAACAGUUACUCCACUAAAGCGGAUGUUCUUGAUGCGGUGAAGGCCCUUAGGUUCGCUGGUGGUGAGGGGGCCAAUAUUGGAGCCGCCUUGGAAUUUGUGGUAGAGAAUCACUUCACCCAGGCAACAGGCAGCAGAGUAGAGGAAGGGGUUCCACAGGUUUUGGUGCUUAUAAGUGCCGGGCAGUCUAGUGAUGAAGUUGACGACGGGGUGGUAGCCUUAAAGCAAGCUAGCAUAUUUUCCUUUGGCCUUGGGGCUCAGGAUGCUGACAAGGCAGAGCUCCAGCACAUUGCUACCGAUGAGAGCUUCGUAUUUACUACUCCGGAAUUCCGUAGCCUUGGGGACCUGCAGGAACAGUUACUACCCUACAUUGUUGGAGUGGCCCAAAGGAACAUUGUUUUACAGCCCCCCACCAUUAUCACACAAGUUGUAGAAGUCAACAAGAGAGACAUAGUCUUCCUGAUAGAUGGCUCAUCCUCCUUGGGAGUGGCCAGCUUCUAUGCAAUCCGUGAAUUCCUGGUCAGAGUCAUCCAAAAGCUGGAAAUUGGACAGGAUCUUAUCCAGGUAGCGGUGGCGCAAUAUGCAGACUCUGUAAAACCAGAGUUCUAUUUUAAUACCUUUCAAACCAAAAGGGACAUUGUGAUGGCUCUGAGGCGAGUAAAGUUUCUCGAUGGUCCAGCACGCAAUACGGGGUCAGCAUUGGACUAUGUUCGGAACUACUUCUUUACCAGCUCAGCUGGACACCGGGCUGCAGAAGGCGUUCCAAAGCUUCUGGUGCUCCUUACGGGUGGUAAGUCACUAGAUGAUGUCCACCAACCAGCCCAGGAACUGAAGAGAAACGGCAUAUUGGCUUUUGCCAUUGGAUCCAGACUGGCUGCAAAAGAUGAACUGGAAGAUAUUGCCUUUGAUUCAUCCUUGGUAUUCUCUCCAGAUGAAUUCAAAAAUGUACCCUUGCAAGGCAUUCUGCUUAAUUUUCUGGCACCUUUAAGAACCCUCUCUGGAACAAUGCAAGUUCACGUAAACAAAAGGGAUAUCAUCUUUCUUUUGGAUGGAUCACUCAACGUUGGAAAUGCCAACUUCCAUUAUGUGCGCGACUUUGUUAUGAAUCUAGUUAACAGCCUUGAUGUUGGGCGUGACAAUAUCCGAGUCGGUUUAGUUCAGUUUAGUGACACUCCAGAAACUGAGUUCUAUUUAAACACGUACCAGUCAAAGUCAGAUUUGCUGGCCCGGCUGAGCCAGCUACAGCUCAAAGGGGGAUCAACCCUGAAUAUUGGCUCCGCAUUAGACUUUGUCCUCUCAAACCACUUCACUGAAGCAGGAGGGAGCAGGAUAAACGAACAUGUCCCCCAGCUCUUACUUCUGCUCACUGCGGGGCGGUCUGCCGAUUCUUACUUACCGGCUUCCAAUGCCUUAGCCCGGGCUGGUGUGUUGACCUUUUCUGUGGGAACUAGCGCCGCUGAUCAGGCAGAACUUGAGCAGAUUGCGUUUAACCCAAGCCAAGCGUAUCUUAUGGAUGAUUUCAGUUCUCUGCCAGCCUUACCCCAGCAGUUGAUUCAGCCUUUAACCGAAAUGAUUAGUGGAGGUGUGGAAGAAGUUCCACUAGCCCCUACAGAGACGAAGCGAGACAUUCUUUUCCUUUUUGACGGCUCAGCCAACCUUGUGGGCCAGUUCCCUGUUGUCAGGGACUUCCUGUAUAAAAUUAUUGACCAACUCAAUGUAAAGCCCGAUGGCACCAGGGUAGCAGUGGCUCAGUACAGUGACAAUGUCAAAGUAGAAUCCAGGUUUGCCGAUCACCAGCAAAAGGCAGAGAUCCUGGGUGUGGUGAGGAAAAUGAAGAUCAAAACGGGCAAAACCCUGAACGUAGGUGCAGCCCUGGAUUACGCCCGGAGAAACAUCUUUGUUAAAUCGGCUGGGAGUAGGAUUGAUGAAGGGGUGCUGCAGUUCCUGGUGCUCCUUGUCGCCGGAAGAUCAGCCGAUUCCGUGGCUCAGCCUUCAGACUACCUGAGGAGAACAGGAGUGGUGCCCUUCAUUUUCCAAGCCCGCAAUGCAGAUCCUACAGAACUCCAGCAGAUUGUGUUGGCCCCGGAAUUUAUUCUAGCUGCUGAGUCUCUCCCCAAAAUUGGAGAGCUGCAUCCUCAGAUUGUGAAUCUUCUAAAAUCAGUGCAGAAUGGGGGCCAGCCACAAGACCCAGGUGAAAAGAAGGAUGUUGUGUUUCUGAUCGAUGGCUCUGAUGGUGUCAGAACUGGUUUCCCUUUAAUGAAAGAAUUUCUUCAGAGAGUGGUGGAAAGUUUGGAUGUGGGCCCAGAUCGGGUCAGAGUAGGUGUGGUGCAAUAUUGUGAAAGGGCCCGACCUGAAUUCUACCUGAAUACUUACAAUGAUCAGCAGAGUGUGGUCAAUGGCAUUCGCAGCUUGGCCCACAUGGGCGGGUCCACCCUUAAUACGGGGGCAGCUCUGAAUUUUGUCCUGAGGAAUAUCUUCACUGCCCCAGCGGGAAGCCGGAUCACAGAAGGUGUCCCCCAGUUUCUCAUCCUCCUGACAGCUGACAGAUCCCAGGAUGAUGUGAGAGGACCCUCGGUGGUUCUGAAGAGAAGCGGCAUGGUGCCCUUUGGCAUCGGGAUAGGAAAGGCUGAUAUCAUAGAGAUGAAGACAAUCUCCUAUGUCCCAGAUUUUGCAUUGAGCAUCCCUGCCUUCAGAGACCUCAAUUCCAUUCAGCAGGUGAUCUCAGAAAGAGUGUCUCAGCUCACACGGGAAGAACUUGAAAAGUUGGAGCCAGAUGUGACGUUCUCCCAAAUCCUCCCAGGUUCCAAAAGGGAUAUUGUCUUUCUUAUUGAUGGUUCCCAAACUGCUCGGCCUGAGUUUACUUAUAUUCGCAGUUUUAUUGAGAGGCUGAUCGAAAAUCUCGAUGUCGGCUUUGACACUACCCGAGUAGCAGUGGUUCAAUUCAGCGAAGACCCCAAGGUUGAGUUUCUGUUGAAUGCACAUUCCAGUAAAGAUGAAAUGCAGAGUGCCGUGAGAAGAAUAUCCCCCAAAGGCGGGAGGCAAAUCAACACAGGCACUGCCCUGGAGUAUGUAUCCAAAAAUAUCUUCGACAGAGCCUUGGGAAGUCGGAUAGAAGAAGGCGUACCACAAUUCCUGAUCCUCUUUUCUUCCGGAAAUGCCGAUGAUGAUGUAGAGGAGCCUGCAGGGCAUGUGAAACAGGUUGGGGUGGCGCCUUUGACAAUAGGAAAAAAUAUAGAUCCUGAAGAACUGGUGAAGAUCUCUCUGAGUCCUGAAUAUGUGUUCUCAGUGAGCACCUUCAGGGAGCUCCCUAGCCUUGAACAGAAGCUCCUAACUCCCAUCACCACGCUGACUUCGGAGCAGAUUGAAAGGAUCUUAUCCAGUACUCAGUUACCCCCUCCAGUUGUGGAGAGUGAUGCCGCUGACAUCGUCUUCCUCAUUGACAGUUCUGAUAGCGUCAAGCCAGACGGCUUGGCUCACAUUCGCGAUUUCAUCAGCAGUAUUGUUCGAAAGUUAAACAUCGGGCCCAGUCGAGUGAGGAUAGGGGUGGUUCAGUUCAGCAAUGAUGUAUUCCCAGAGUUUUAUCUGAAAAGCCAUAAAACCCAAUCGGCAGUUCUCGAUGCCCUCCGCCGUCUGAGGUUCAAAGGGGGAUCUCCCCUGUACACGAGCAAAGCCCUGGACUUUGUGGCCAAGAAUCUCUUUGUUAAAUCUGCUGGAAGCAGAAUCGAAGAUGGGGUUCCGCAACAUUUGGUGUUGGUCCUAGGAGGAAAGUCUCAGGAUGAUGUGACUAGGCCUUCCAGAGUUUUAGGAUCAGCUGGCAUUGUCAGAAUAGGGGUUGGAUCCAGGAAUGCAAAUAGGUCUGAACUGCAGGCAAUCACCAAUGAUCAAAAAUAUGUGUUCACUGUGAGAGACUUCAGGGAUCUUUCCCUGUUGGAGUCAAGAAUUAUAAAUUCAUUUGGACCAUCACAAGCAACGCCUCCACCUCACCCUCCUCAUCCAACUCCUCUACCUGAUAAAAAGAAAGCUGACAUCGUGUUUCUGCUAGAUGGCUCUAUCAAUUUCAAAAGAGAUCACUUCCAGGAAGUUCUUAAUUUCGUUUCUGGAAUAGUGGACACCGUGUAUGAAGAUGGAGAUUCCAUUCAGGUAGGCCUAGUCCAAUACAACUCGGACCCGACAGAUGAAUUCUUCCUGAAGGACUUUACCAACAAAGAACAGAUAAUGGAUGCCAUCAGUAAAGUUGUCUAUAAAGGUGGAAGACAUGCAAACACUAAGGUAGCCAUUGAACACCUCACACGGCACCAUUUUGUUCCUGAUGCUGGUAGCCGGCUGGACCAGAGGGUUCCUCAGAUAGCUUUCAUCAUCACCGGAGGGAAAUCGAUAGAAGAUGCCCAAGAAGCGUCUAUGGCAUUGUCAGGGAAACGGGUCAAAGUGUUUGCUGUGGGUGUGAAGGACAUUGACAGCACAGAAGUGUCAGGGAUUGCCUCCAACAGCGCCACGGCUUUCCGGGUCUCGACGGUCCAAGAGCUGUCAGAGCUGAGCGAGCAAGUUUUGGAAACUUUGCAUGAUGCGAUGAAUGAAGCACUUUGCCCGGGUGUGCCUGAUGUUUCAAGAGCUUGCAAUCUGGAUGUUAUACUGGGAUUCGAUGGUUCAGCUGGACAGGGAGUACUGGAAUCCAGAGUGAAGAACAUUCUAGAUAGAAUCACUCAAAUGCAGAAAAUCAGUUGCACUUCCAACCAGGAGCCCACAGUCAGAGUAUCUAUCAUGGCAAACAGCGCCUCUGGACCUGUCGAAGCUUUUGACUUUUCAGAGUACCAGCCUGAGCUAUUUGAGAAAUUUCAGCUCCUGCUUGGUCAGCGUCCAUACAUUCUGACAGCUGAUACUCUAAAAGCCUAUCAAGAUAAAUUCAGGAAAUCUCCAGCAGAUAGUGUAAAGGUGGUUAUCCAUUUCACUGAUGGCACUGAUGAAAACUUUGCUAGAUUAGAAGCUGCAUCUGCUGCACUGCAACAAUCAGGUGUAAAUGCGCUGAUCUUCGUUAACCUUGAACAUCGGGACACAAAUUUUGAUAAUGUGAUGGAGCUGGAGUUUGGACGUGGUUUCACAUACAACAGGCCUCUCAAACUGAGUCUGGUGGAUUUAGAUUAUGAAUUGGCUGAGCAACUUGACAGCAUUGCAGAGAGAGCUUGCUGUGGAGUGCCAUGUAAAUGUUCGGGUCAGAGGGGAGACCGAGGCGUUCUUGGAAAUAUUGGCCAGAAGGGUGUCCCUGGUGAAGGUGGAUACCGAGGCUAUCCUGGAGAUGAAGGAGGACCGGGUGAGCGUGGGCCUCCUGGUUUGAAUGGCACUCAAGGCUUCCAAGGAUGUCCUGGACAUAGAGGAACAAAGGGUUCACGUGGAUUCCCAGGAGAUAAGGGUGAAUUGGGAGAAAUAGGCCUGGAUGGAAUUGAUGGAGAAGAUGGGGAUAAAGGAUUGCCAGGCUCUUCUGGAGAAACAGGAAGUGCUGGCAGAAGGGGUGACAAAGGAGCAAAAGGAGAAAGGGGAGAACGAGGAGAUGUUGGAAUUAGAGGAGAUCCGGGUGAUUCAGGAUUGGAUAGUAGGCAGAGAGGACCCAAAGGACAAAAGGGUGAAAUCGGUCCAAUGGGACUUCCUGGAAAUGAUGGGGCACCGGGCAGUCCUGGAGGCAAUGGAAAGGAGGGAGGCUUUGGCCGAAGAGGAACUGUUGGAGUUAAAGGCAGUAAAGGUGGUCCAGGUCAACCAGGCAUUGUUGGAGAACCAGGGUUGAGAGGCUCACAGGGUUCUCCUGGCCAACUUGGUCCCCCAGGCGUGAUUGGUGAACAAGGAAUUCCUGGCCCCAGGGGAGGUGCCGGAAACCCUGGAGUUCCUGGUGACCGUGGAAGGCCUGGCAGUCUUGGGAGAAAGGGUGAACCUGGAGAGCCUGGUCCAAAAGGAGGAAAUGGUUUUCGUGGUCCUCGGGGAGAAACGGGUGAAGAUGGGCGUGAUGGAGUGGGUAGUGAAGGGCGUAAAGGCAAAAAGGGUGAGAUGGGCUUCCCUGGAUACCCGGGUCCAAAGGGUGCCCCUGGUGAUAGAGGUGGGGAAGGAGGCCCUGGACCAAAAGGAAACAGAGGUCGUCGGGGAAAUGCUGGGGAACCAGGACCAGUUGGGCAAAAAGGAGAUCCAGGCUAUCCAGGAUCAGCUGGACUUAAAGGCAACCGGGGAGACUCAACAGACCAAUGCAGCCUUAUCCAGAGCAUUAAAGAUAAAUGCCCUUGCUGCUACGGGCCUAAGGAAUGCCCCGUCUACCCAACGGAGCUGGCCUUUGCUUUGGACACCUCUGCGGGUGUCAACCAAGAUGCCUUCCGGAGGAUGAGGGAAGUCUUGUUGAGAAUCGUUGAGAAUUUAACCAUUGCUGAGAGUAAUUGUCCUCGGGGUGCCCGGGUUGCUGUCGUGACCUACAACAACGAAGUGACCACGGAGGUCCGCUUUGCCGACUCCAAGAGGAAGUCUGUCCUAUUGCAGAAGAUCCAGAACCUUCAAGGAGCUUUCACCUCCAAGCAACGUAGCCUGGAGACAGUCAUGUCGUUUGUGGCCAGGAACACCUUCAAGCGGGCCCGCAGCGGAUUUCUCAUGAGGAAAGUGGCUGUCUUCUUCACCAACGGACCCACCAAGGCAUCACCUCAGCUCAAUGAGGCCAUUCUGAAAUUGUACGAUGAGGGAAUCACACCUCUUUUCCUUACCAACAGGGAAGAUAGGACACUCAAGAAUGCCUUGCAGAUUAAUAACACUGCAGUGGGAGAUGCCAUUAUCUUAACUAGCAGAGACUAUAGUGAGACCCUGAAGAAAAUCCUGACUUGUCACAUUUGUUUGGACAUAUGUGACCCUCAUGAGUCCUGUGGAUUUGGUGGCCAAAGACUUUCCUUCCGGGACAGGAGGUCCGCUGGUACUAAUGUAGACCUCGAUGUGGCAUUCAUCUUGGAUAGCUCUGACACCACCACACCUUUCCAGUUUAAUGAGAUGAAGAAGUACAUUGCCUAUACAGUGAAACAACUAGAACUCAGUCCUAAUCCUAAAUCAUCCCAUCUCCUUGCAAGAGUGGCUGUCCUGCAACACGCGCCCUAUGAGUACGAAAGGAAUUCCAGCACACUGCCAGUGAAAGUUGAAUUGUCCUUGACAGAUUACGGCUCCAGAGAUAAAUUGGUGGAUUUCCUCAGUAACAAGAUGACCCAACUACAUGGAACGAGGGCUCUUGGCAGUGCAAUCGAUUUCACGAUAGAAACCGUUUUUGAAAGUGUACCUAACCCCAGGGAUCUGAAAGUCUUGAUUCUGAUGUUAACAGGAGAAGUAAAAAAGCAGGAACUGGAGUCUCUCCAAAGAGUUAUCAUUGAUGCUAAGUGCAAAGGUUAUUUCUUUGUGAUCUUGGGCAUUGGCAGGAAGGUGAAUGUCAAGGAUAUCUACAGCUUGUCCAGUGAACCCAAUGAUGUCUUCUUCAAAUUAGCUGAUAAACCCACUGAGCUCAAUGAAGAAACCUUAUUGCGUUUUAGUAGACUGCUGCCGUCAUUCAUUAGCAGUGAAAAUGCCUUUUACCUCUCUCCAGACAUCAGAAAACAAUGUGAUUGGUUCCAAGGUGACCAACCAGCAAAGAACCCUGUGAAGUUUGGUCAAAAACAGCUGCAUGUUCCAAAUAAUGUUACUUCAAGUAUUACCACCAAGCCAGUGAGUACAACAACAAAACCUGUGAGUACUACAACCAAGCCAGUGAGUACAACCAUGAAACCUGUGAGUACCACAACCAAACCAGUGAGUACCACAGUCAAACCAGUGAGCGCUACAACCAAAACAGUGAGUAUCACAGCAAAAUCGGUGGACCCAAAGACAGUGGAAGCAAAAUCUGGAGCCACAAAAUCUGCAGGAGUAAAACAGGUGGCUGCCAAACCAACGGACCCCAAACUGGUGGACUCCAAGCCGGUGGACCCAAAAACAACAGUAACAAAAGCAGCAUCCCCCAAAACAGCAGCAGCAAAACAAGUAACCACAAAAUCAGUGACCAAUAAGCCAGCAGCCCCAAAGUUGAUGGCUAAGGGCUCAAGAGAAAUCCAGGUAUUUGAUAUCACUGAAAACAGUGCCAAGCUCCAGUGGGUGAACCCUGAGCCCUCAAGCCCUUAUAUUUAUGAUAUCACCAUCACCUCAGCCCAUGACCACUCCUUAGUCCUGAAGCAAAACAUAACCAGCACCGAACGAGUUAUCGGAGGUCUCCGUACCGGUCAGAAGUACCAAGUAGUUAUCACUGGUUAUCUCAAGUCCCAGGCCAGAAUAUCCUAUGCAGGAAGCUUCACUACAAAAAAAGCACAAUCAUCACCCCCACCACCGGCACCACCUAAGUCAGCUUCCACAUCAACGGUAAAUCUAAUGGUUAACACGGAACCUUUGGCUGGUGCUGAAGCAGAUUUGACAGAUCCUUGUUUGCUGGAUUUUGACAUGGGCACCCAGUGCAAAGACUAUGCGAUUAGAUGGUUCUUUGACCACAAACACAAGAUCUGCACACAGAUUUGGUAUGGUGGGUGUGGUGGUAACGCCAAUAGAUUUGAGACAGAAGCUGAUUGCAUUAACAGGUGUUUGGGAUCAUCAACAGAGAGAGUCAUGCAGCAGCCCCUACUUGAUGAAAACUUAUUGUCAGUUAAAGAAAUUUGUAAGUUGAAGAAGGAAGAAGGAACAUGCAGGAAAUUUAUCUUGAAAUGGUACUAUGAUUCAGAAACCAAAAGCUGUGCACGGUUUUGGUACGGUGGCUGUGGGGGAAAUGAAAACAGAUUUAAUACUCAGAAAGAAUGUGAAAAGGUUUGCAUUCCUGGACACAUCAAUCCCGGAGUCGUUGCAACAAUAGGAACCUAAGCAUCACCCAAUGCCAACACAUACCUCUGAAGAGAAGCAGGAGUCUAGUAUUGCCAACUCACCCCUUUAGAAGCUAUGGGUAUAGACGACCUUGCACUGUACUAUUUCAUGCUUUAAUUUACAAGCAAACUUUGAAGAAAGAGUUUUGCUGCAUGACCUAUCAAUAUGGUGCUAAAUUUCUCUGUGGACUGAGUGCUAAUUGUUCCUGGGAGGUUAUAGUAUAUACUUUCAACAAUAUGUAACAUGUACCCACUGAAGUUGUUUAUUUUGAACUGUUCUCCAAAUUACGAUUCCAGUGGCCUUUCAGGGUUUUGCCCAAUUCAGGCACGUGAACUCUAGAAAAUAACCAAAAUCUCACUGCAACUGUAUGUGCUUUGCUUUGUUCAUUUUCUCAUAAACUGAGCAUAACUUAGAUGGAAAGCCUAUGUAAGAGUAGUGAUUUCUGAUAAAUGAGCAGUCAAACUUUUCAUUCUGUUUAGUUUUGCUGGAUUAGAUUUCAAACUGAUUUUCUUCCUGAUGUUUGCGAUAUAGAUGAUCUAAUAGAAAAAGGCAAAAUUUCCUAAUUCAGAUGCACUGCUGGGACCAUCGCCUUAGUUAAAGAAUUUUUAAAUCAUGGUGUAGAAUGUUUCUGGCAUUCCUCUAAUGUUGUGUGUUUUAUAUAUGUGUAUUUUUUGUGGGGAUGUUAUUUUUAUUUUGUUUUAGGAAGUCUAUACAAAGAAACUUUUAAAUAAAGUUUAACAGAGGUUUUGAGA